AUGGAAAACCAAGAAAACGGCACCAAAAAAACCAGAGUAGAUUUGAGCAGCCUCCCGACCAGACAAUACCUGGACCAAACAGUGGUACCAAUACUGAUGAGCGCCCUCUCGUACUUGGCCAAAGAAAGACCAGCAGCACCGAUCACCGCCUUAGCCGAAUACUUGGUGAAGAACAAAGACAGCUACGAAGCUGGCAAAGGCGAAAAUACCCCGUCCGAGUCCAACGUCUAA